UCCUCCGCCCAGUCCUGGGGUCCCACGGCCGCCUAGGUGGGAGCCCGCCAGGUCGGGGCGGGGCCGGGCGCCCAUGAACAGCGGGGUCCCGGCCACCCUGGCCGUGCGGAGAGUGAAAUUCUUCGGCCGUCACGGCGGGGAGGUCAAUUCCUCUGCCUUCUCCCCUGAUGGCCAGAUGCUGCUCACAGGCUCAGAGGAUGGCUGCGUGUAUGGCUGGGAGACCCGGAGUGGGCAGCUGCUGUGGAGGCUGGGUGGCCACACAGGCCCCGUGAAGUUCUGCCGCUUCUCCCCUGAUGGCCACCUCUUCGCCAGCGCCUCCUGUGACUGCACUGUCCGCCUGUGGGACGUGGCAAGAGCCAAGUGUCUGCAGGUCCUGAAGGGUCACCAACGGAGUGUGGAGACGGUCAGCUUCAGCCCUGACUCGAGGCAGCUGGCAUCAGGUGGCUGGGACAAGCGGGUGAUGCUUUGGGAAGUGCAGUCUGGCCAGAUGCUGCGCCUCUUAGUUGGGCACCGAGACUCCGUCCAGAGCAGCGACUUCUCACCCACGGUGAACUGCCUGGCCACCGGCUCCUGGGACGCCACCAUACGCAUCUGGGACCUGCGGACGGGGACCCCAGCCGUCUCCCACCAGGCGCUAGAGGGACACAGUGGCAACAUCAGCUGCCUGUGCUACUCAGCAUCUGGCCUCCUGGCCUCCGGUUCCUGGGAUAAGACCAUCCACAUCUGGAAGCCUACAACCAGCAGCCUGCUUAUUCAACUGAAGGGCCACGUCACCUGGGUGAAGAGCAUAGCCUUCUCUCCCGACGAGCUGUGGCUGGCCAGCGCCGGCUAUUCCCGCAUGGUCAAAGUCUGGGACUGCAACACAGGAAAGUGCCUUGAGACCCUGAAGGGAUUCCUGGAUGUGGCCCACACCUGUGCCUUCACCCCAGAUGGGAAAAUCUUAGUGUCUGGAGCUGCCGAUCAGACCAGACGUCGAAUAUCCCGCACGACCAAAUCACCCAGCGACCCUCAAACCUAACACCACCUGGGAGGGCGCCAACCUCACCCGCUCCCCUCAGUGGCACGCCACUUCCCACCACAGGCCCAAAGUGACUGUGCCGGCAUCCAACAGAUCCCCAUGGCCAGGACUCUCCCUGCCCAACCACAGCAGACAACAGCAGCGGGCGGGAUGCUUGCUGGAACCCAUCAGACACGUGGUCCCCAGAACCAGACCCACCCGCCUCAACCCAAUCA